UCGCAUAUGUCGCUUAGUUUCACUUCCAUUUUUUUUUUCGCGUGAAACUUUGCUCAUCGCGAAAACCAGUAAUGGCAUUCUGGUUUCAUCGAAAUCCUUUAAAGGCUACUGCACUUGUCAAUUUCGAUCUAAAGAUGGUAGCGAUGGACAGUCAAGCGAUGAAACUGUGCAGUGACCUGCGGCAGGCUAGGAAUCACCUUCUCGAGCUCCUCACGGAUGCUGCCCAUGAACCAAGCACAAUAGAAGCGGCACUUACGAGAUACCUGUCACUUCUAUCCGGACUGCUGAUCGCUCCUGACGAGAAGGGUGGAGAAAGCAAACUGCGACACAGUACUAGAUUCCGCUGGACACAGAGCAUGCUGGGAAACUCUCCCCUAGUACAGUCUGAUGCAGUGUUUGAGCUCAUCUCAGUUUGCCAGAAUGUUGGAAUCUGGUUCAUGAAACGUGCUGCACAUGUGGCAUCCAAGGAAGACAUCAACAUGGAUGAGGCAAAGGAAGUGCACACGUGCUUGCGUAAAGCCGCCGGGUACUUCCAGUCUAUGAAGGACAAGUACGUGGGACAGUUACGCGAGCAGCCUGUACCGGGCUCCGACAUGGAUUUGCACGUGACGUCUGCUUACAUUAGCCAGUGCACAGCUGAAGCGCAGGAAGUCACAAUUGGCAGGGCGAUCGAGAUGAAGCAUGCCCCGGGCCUGAUAUCAGCCCUAGCUCACGAGACUUCCAAGAUGUACACCUCUGCUGCCGACUCUCUGGCUGGACUCGACGCUUCAAAAUUUGGUCGAUGGCGCAAGUUCCUCGUCCUAAAGGCAGUCUUCUACUUAUCCUACGCUUACUGCUACGCCGGGGAGAACCUGCUAGCCCAAGAAAAAUGUGGUGAUGCUAUCAGGGCUCUUCAGGAAAGUCAUAAGUGCUACGGAGAUGCCCAGCAAAUCAUCAAGCAGUAUUCCACGAUGAAAGGACUGGGCACCAUUGCCAAGAUGGACCAACACCUGUUCUUUCGUAAACUGGCUCCGCUCGUGAAACGUACACUGGAGAAGUGCGAGCGAGAGAACGGAUUCAUUUUCCACCAAAAGGUACCAAAAGAUGCACCGCAGUUGGAACUGAGGGCGACGUACGGAUUGGUGAGUCCGGAAGACUUUCAGCUACCACCGCAUGAUCCGCAAUGGACACCUAUUGUGUAUGCUGCAUUCUUUGUGCAAUCGCAGGUGCAAGACCCAGCAAAUUCGAAAGCGGCCACCAAGGCGGAGGGCGACCUGCCUCCAGUACACGAAAAGAAUGUGCCGCCAUCAUCGUCUGACCCCAAGACAUCGAGUGGAUGUACCCUGCAGUAGAGGUGUCAAGAAGGAGAGGAGAGGGUUGUCAGAGUUGUACAGAUUUUCUAUCCAUAUUGUACAGCAGGGACACACUAUGGUAGCCAAUGAUAGACAAGCUUCGAUUCUUUGGUUUAUCGAGGAGCCUGGCAACGAAUCUUUGUUUGCUGUGCUGGUACAAAGCAAGCUCGCAUUGUCUAUAGCGUGUUUACUCUUGGCCGCACGGAGCUAGGUGCAUUACGAAUUACAUCUGCACGUGAUUCAAGCUGAAGUGCUACUAUUUUUAUAUCUGUAACGUGGCAAAUCUUGCUGCACUUGCGCAUAUGUACACAUGUAGAUUACUAAUUUAUUUGCACCUUUUACGAUAUAUAAAUACCUUUUGCAUUUUGGGUAGAAAAGCAGAGUUUCAGAUUUCUCUAUGCAUAAUAAUAAUAUAUGAUCUUGAAAGAGCCCAUUCGUUAUCGCUUCGUGCUUCGGGAAAUGUACCAAAGCUGUACUGAGCAUUGUGAAGAGCUUUCGCAAGUAUUUGAGCUCCAAAGGAUAUGUUAUUUCUAACAUUCCCCCAUCUGUGCAUUUUUAUGUCCUCUAUGCAGUAUUUACUGACAUCGGUGCAGAACCUCAUGCAAAUUUCUAUAACAUGGAUGAACAUAUAAGUACUCCCUUGCAAUGGAAGUGUCUUCUUUCAUAAAAAGAAAAGUGGAAAUAAAUAGCCUUUUCUUCUACAGAGAAAUUUGUCACUCUUAUAA